CCCACUUCAAAUAUGGCCGCUAAGUUCCAGUCUCCUUUACCACCUGAUCGUGGCAACAGCUCUGGCUUCAUGCCCAUUUCCAAAAGGGCCUCUUCCCGCGAGGCUGAAGUUCUGAGUGCGCAAGCGCGAGCGCAAUUCCUCUUCCCGGCAAAAUGGCGAUGAGCCUGGUGAGCGGACGCCGGGAGCUUCUGCGCCUUUUACGGCCACAGCGUCAGUUCCACAGCGUCUCAGGGCCCUCUCAUUGGCCGCGGAAACCGCUGACCUCGGGACUCCUCUUUCCAACCGGCCGGUGCUGCGAGCGCCCGCACUAUGUCCUCCUCGCGGGCCCUGGUCCCCGGGGUCUCAGUACCUCCGUGAUCUUGUUCGCAGAAUCCCAGGUUCAGGCCCCUCCUGUCAUUCCUGCAACUCCCUCACCCACAGCAGUACCCGAGGUGGCUUCUGGAGAGACCGCAGAUGUAAUCCAAGCUGCUGCAGGACAGAGCUUCGCUGAACUGGGGCUGGGGUCAUACACCCCAGUGGGACUGAUUCAGAACUUACUGGAAUUUAUGCAUGUUAACCUAGGCCUACCUUGGUGGGGGGCCAUUGCUGCAUGUACUGUCCUUGCCCGCUGCCUGGUGUUUCCUCUCAUCGUGAAGGGCCAGCGAGAAGCAGCCAAGAUCCACAACCACUUGCCAGAGAUCCAGAAGUUUUCCGCUCGAAUCAGAGAGGCCAAGUUGGCAGGAGACAAUGCUGAGUUUUACAAGGCCUCCUCGGAAAUGACAUUUUACCAGAAAAAGCAUGAUGUUAAACUCUUUAGACCUCUUAUUCUACCUCUGACUCAGGCCCCGAUUUUCAUCUCCUUCUUCAUUGCCUUGAGAGAAAUGGCCAACCUUCCUGUGCCCAGCAUGCAGACAGGUGGCCUCCUGUGGUUCCAGGAUCUCACACUAUCUGACCCCACCUACAUAUUACCACUGGUGGUCACUGCUACAAUGUGGGGUGUCCUUGAGUUAGGUGCGGAGACUGGUGUGCAAAGUUCUGAUCUUCAGUGGAUGAGAAAUGUGAUCAGAGUGAUGCCCCUAGCGGUGUUGCCCAUAACUAUCCAUUUCCCCACGGCGGUGUUCAUGUACUGGCUCUCCUCCAAUAUGUUUUCCCUGGUCCAGGUGACUUGCCUCCGGAUUCCAGCCGUACGGACUAUACUUAAAAUCCCCCAGCGUGUUGUGCAUGACUCCAAUAAAUUACUUCCACGGGAAGGUUUUGUAAAAAGCUUCAAAAGAGGAUGGAAGAAUGCUGAACUGGCACAUCAGCUCAAAGAGCGCGAACGACGCAUGCAGAAUCACUUAGAACUAGCUGCCAGGGGUCCCUUACGACAGACCUUUACCCACAACCCAUUGCUACAGCAUGGAAAGAAUCAGCCUCCCAGCACCCCUAAUGGCAGCAGUGCCAAGCCAAAGCAGCCCUGGCGUGACACGCUGGGCUGA